AUGGGCGGGAUCACGCGGAAGAUCAAGCGGAGCAAGACAGAGGAGGUGGCCGCCGUCGAUCGCGCGCUGCUGCGACGCGACGGCGACCGUGCGAUCACGAACGCGAUGAUCUUCGGCGGGUGUAUCAAAGUCGAGACGCUCAUGGACCUCGAGGGGCUGCGCGACGCGGUGAUCCUGUCGCGAGUCGCCGAGAUGGAAGGUGGAGCCUCCGCCAAGUCGGUUUCCAUCGUCCCCGCAACCCAGUUGCCUCCAGGUAGCGAGCUGGUGGCGGGGUGGGCGGGCAAGCUCCGCUGGGGAGUGAUGCACAACAAGGACAAGGGCGUGUGGGAGAUGGUGCUCUAUAUCGGCCCCAAGCCGUUUCUCCGAGGAAGGACGCAGUUGGGAGUGAUGCAAAACAAGGGCAAGGGCGUGUGGGAGGUGGUGCUCUGUAUGGGUCCGUCUGCAGGUGGGAAGACUUUUGAGUCGACUCAAAAGGCGUCCAGUCGAUUUAACAGGAGUGAUGCACAACAAGGGCAAGGGCGUGUGGGAGAUGGUGCUCUACAUGGGAUGGCCUACAAGUUCCGAGGCACGUCAGCAGUGCUCAACUUCGGCCUAUCUGCCGCUGAGAAACUCGAACUCGAGCAGAUGACCAAGGACGAUUUCCACCUGCACCUCUCAUGCCACUCUUCCCCUCCCGUCUUCCUGCGUGCUCCCCCCCCUCCCUUCCUUCGCUUCUUUCUCAGAAUGGCCUACAAGUUCCGAGGCACGUCAGCAGUGCUCAACUUCGGCCUGUCCGCGGCUGAGAAGCUCGAGCUAGAGCAGAUGACCAAGGACGAUUUCCAUCUGCACCUGCGCAAGACCUUCGUCCGCAGCUUCCGCUCGCGAUCCUGUCCGUCCAUCUACAAGGGCGUCAAGUGGGGCCCACAGGAGCAGAAAUGGAUCGCCGCAAUCCGCGUGGGAAACCGGUUCUCGAAGAUCGGGUUGUAUGAUGCAGAAGAGGAGGCGGCAGCUGCGUAUGAUCGGACGAUUGUGGAGGUCCGUGGGGUGCAUGUGAUGACUAACGCGAAGUUUGUGGACGGGUUGAACCACGCGCAGGUGACAGUAACGGAGAUUCCUAUAAAGGGACAGGAGGAGGCGUUUAUACGUGCCGCGGGGGGAGGGAUUGGCGGGGAUGCGGGGAGAGGGGCAGGGAGGGGAGGGCGUGGGCGCGGGCGGGGGAGGGGGCGUCCGCCGAUCACCCAUCUAGCGCGGGAGGAGCGGAGAAACAGGCUGGUGGCGUCGUUGGGUGGUUCUGUCGAAGCAGCUAAACUGGGGAUCUCCGGUGGUGAUGGUACUGGUGCUGCUGGUGAUGGUGCUGGUGGUGCUGCUGCAGAGUUAGGGGCAGGAGCAGCGGAAGGGGAAGGGGGAGGAGGCGAGGGAGAAGGAGGGGGAGCAGCAGCUGGGGAUGCGUCUAACGGAGGGGGUAAGGAGGAGGGGAAGGAGGAGUGGGUGCCGGCGCCAAGAGCAGAGGAGUUGGAACAGAUAGAAGAAUGGAUGGCGAAUGAGUGGGAACAGGGGGAGAUUGUGGGGUGGAUGGAGGGGGUUGUUCCUGGGGGUGACGAGAAGGGAUUGAGCACGCUUGUUCCUGCUGGCGCUGCUGGUGGCGCUGGUGGUGGUCCUAGUGGCAAUGGGGAAGGUGGUGGGAAGGGGAAGGGGGAGGGCGAGGAGGAAGGGUCUCUUGCAAUAGACCUGGAAAUGGCUGGGCUAGACGAUGGGGACGAUGCUGCUGGCGGUGGGGAAGGAGGGGGGGAUGCUGAAGGGGACUGGGAUGAGUUUUGUGAGACGACAGCUAGGGAGGUGGCUGAAGGAGCAGGGAACGCCGACGGGGAAGGUGCUAGUGGGGACGGCGGGGCGGGAAAGAAGGGCGCGGGCGGGAAGGGCGGGGAAGUUGGGGCGGAUGAGCUGGGGAACGCACAUGCAUCUGUAGAGCAACUACUGGCUGCUGCGGAGGCUGGGCCUGGGGCGGGGGCGGGGGCUGCGGGGGGGAGCGCAGGGGGCGCGGGAGAGGGGGAGGGCGAGGGAGAGGAGGAUGAGGAUGAUGAUGUGAUGUUGGAGUUGAAUGCGGAUGAGGAGGGGAAUGAAGGGGGAGAGAGCGGGGGGAAUGGAGGCAGUGGGGAGGGUGCUGGGGGCGCGCCUGGCCGUGAUUGGAUGGACACUGUAGAAGGGGAUGACGACAAAACUGAAGGGGGAGAAGGAGAAGGAGGAGGAGGGGAUGGGUCUAAGACUCCAGCCAAGGGACCAGGGCAGGAGGGGGAUGCAGGUGCAAUAACCCCUUCUCAAGGCCCCUCCCGCCUCCCCCUCACCCCAGGCUCCGCCCCGUCCGCCCUCCAAAUCAGCACCGUUUCCACCCUAGCCGCCCCUACUUCAUCCUUCGGUGCCCCAGAUUCCUCUGGGUUACAGACUUACUCAGGGAAGAGGCCCAGGGGGCGGCCGAGGAUACAUGAGCAUCCGGAGGAGGAGAAGAAUAGGUUAUCUGAGAAGUAUAUGGGCGUGGAGUUUAAGGGGCGGACGAGGGCGUGGGAGGCGUUUCUGAUGUCGGGGCAGCGGCGGUAUAACUAUGGGCAGCGGUAUACAGAAAAAGAGGCAGCUCGGCUUCAUGACAAGGUGGCGUAUCGACUCAAGGGACCGACAGCCCCCACCAACUACCCUCUCGGGGAGGAAGACAAGGCCCGUCUCGACUCAAUGACAGUCGAGGAAUUCCUGACCCACGUGCGCCGCACCAACGUCAGCAGCGUCUUUCAGGGCCGGCGUGGCUCGUCCCUAUUCAAGGGCGUGAGCUGGAUGCCGGACAAGCAGCAGUGGGCGGCGCUGAUCAAACUAGACCACGGAAAGGUGAGGAAGAUCGGAUUAUACACCACGGAGGAGGACGCCGCAGCAGCGUACGAUCGCGCUCUGAUCGACCGCGACGGCCCAGAAGCUCUAACCAACGAGAGGUUCUUCCGGUCGCUAGACGACGAUGCUUUAGACCGGUUGUUGCAGUCGCGGCGGUCCCGAGACGAGAGCUGCAACUGGAAGGAACGGGCGAAGUAUUUUCUCGAUAAUAUUGACAAGCUAGGGCAUAAGUCGAAGAGGGCGAGGGCACCGUCGCCCGUGGGAGCACGGGGGCUUGUAGGAGGGGGUGGGGCGGGACCGGUGGGGUCGAGGGAAGGAGAGGAAGGGCCGCAGGCAGGUACUGUUGCUGCGCUGGGUGGGGGCGCGAUUAGCUCUCAGAAGGUGUCUCAGAGUGCUGCUGCUGGGAGGAAGGGGCGUGGGGGUGGUGCUGCUGGUGGCGGGAGGUAUGGGAGUGGAGGAAUGGGGAGUGGGGGGUAUGGGUAUAUGGGAGGGGGGAUGAUGGGUGGUGGGAGCGGGGUGAUGGGCAUGGGGGGGUAUAUGGGGAGUGGGGUCAUGGGGGGAAAUGUGAUGGGGGCGAAUGUUAUGGGGGCGAAUGUUAUGGGUGCGAGUGUUAUGGGUAGUGGUGGGGGGUACGGUUUGGAUCGGUGGGGUUUGUACCCUUCCCCAAUGGCUGCGUCAGGGCAUCUAGCCCCUAACCAGCGGGGCAUGCCGAGUUUUAACCCCGGAGGGGGUGGGUUUGCAGGUUCCGGGGGAGGGAGGAAGGGUGGAGCGGUUGGGAGUGGUGCUGCUGGGUUCAAAAGAGGCCGAUAUGAUUUUGAAGAUGAGGAAGAUUUUGACGAGGAUGAUGAGGGGUUUGGGGAGGGGUUUGAUGAGGAGGGGAGAGGAGUGGGUGGUGGGGUGGGACGGGGCGGGUGGGGGGGUGGAGGAGGAUGGAAGAGGCAGCAGCAGGAUCAGUUGUAUGGGGGUGGUAUGGGGGGUGUGAUGAGAAGUGGUGGGAUGGGGUCUGGUGCGGUUGGGAUGGACGGUAGCAGUCUCUACGGCUCUGGCUCUCGUGCUGCCGCUGGUGGUGGUGGUGUUGGUGGCGGUGCAAUGGGUAAGAGGUCCCAACCCCAUACUGCUUCUCCUGCCGAAGAGAUACUUCGAAUGUAUUCAGUAGGCCAGUCCGCACCUGGUGCAGGUGGCCCUUCCCCCGGUACAGACAAAACCGGGGCAGGCCGGGCGGCGCAGAGGUUACCUAGGGAUGUAGCAGGAGAGGAGGAUGAGGUGGAAGAAGAAGAUAUGGUGGGAGGGGGGGAGGAGGAAGAGGAGGAAGCGGAGGAGGCAAGGGGAGGAGGAUCCAGCCCACCUGCGCCCAUGAGUCCAUCGGCCAACUAUCUCCCUCUUAUUCCCAUUUGUCUCUUUCCUCACAACCUUCUCUGUCCCCCCUCAGUCCCUUAA